AGAAAAGAAGAAGUAACUGACGUGUUAAUCAUGACGUGUAAAUAAAGUAACCUACCCGACACUUCCAUCAAAAGUAUAUUCAGUUUGCAAAUAGUGUUUAAAUUUAAAAGUAUGGUUUUAAUGACCAUGAUUGCUAGGGUAGCAGAUGGACUACCACUGGCUGCAACUAUGCAAGAAGAUGAACAGUCAGGAAGAAGUAUUCUAGAUUAUCAGAACCAAGCUAAAAUGCUAUUUCGAAAAUUAGGACCUCAAUCCCCUACUAGAUGUACAAUAGAGACUGGACCAUAUUUGUUUCAUUAUUUGAUAGAGUUUGAAGUUUGUUACCUAGUUUUAUGUGAAAAAACAUAUUCAAAACGACUUGCUUAUUCCUAUUUAGAAGAUAUAGCACAACAAUUCCAUUCAGAAUAUGGUAAACGAGUGAACACAGUAACUAGGCCAUAUACUUUCAUAGAAUUUGAUACCUACAUUCAAAAAGCAAAAAAACAAUUUGCAGAUUCUAGAUCAAGACGAAAUUUAAAUACAAUUAAUAAUCAAUUACAAGAUGUUCAAAGAAUUAUGGUGCAAAAUAUUGAUGAUGUUUUGCAACGAGGGACUGUCUUAUCAGAAUUGGAUACCAAAACUCAAAAUUUAUCAAUGCUGACAGAGAAAUAUAAAAAGGAUGCCACUUUUUUAAAUACGAAAUCCAUGUAUGUGAAGGCGGCAGUUGGAGGAAUUGUUCUACUUCUAUUUAUUUUGUAUUUUUGGGUUCUUUAAAAAAAGUAAAAAUUCCAAUUUCAUUUCCUAAAGCAGUGAGAGAAUGACAGUGUAGUGCUUGAACAAUCAAACAUAUUUUUAAUAUGUACACUAAUUACUUAUACAGUUUGUAAUGAGGUCUUGGUAAUUUUUUCUUCAGUCAUUAAACUACAAGUUUUUCUCAUAUUUCUGACAUGACUGGUAUCACCUUUUUACAUGUGUAAAAAUAUUUUGAUAUUAUCACAAUCAAGCUUUUACUUCUAUACUGAGUAACUAAGGAAAUCUUCUCUUGAUGCACUUUCUAAUUCAGUCAGUUUUUAAUCAUGUUUUCAAAUUUCUUCAUUUUAUUUUCAUGUUUUUUCUCUUUUCCUUUUGUCUUUGAUAAAUUUCUUUCCUCCAUAUUCAUUGACUUUUGAAGAUGAUACCUUGUUCUGUACUCUUUUCUUCUCCAUGUCUCUGAUUAAGAUAAGCGUUGUUAUACUUCAAACUCCACUAACUAAUCUUUUUUAGGGGUUUAUGUGAACAACAGCUUUGUUAAAUUGUUCUAUUUCACUAGUCUAUCGGAAUCAGUCAUCUUGGUAUAUACUGCAAUAUCCACUCUAUAAAUAAACCCCAUAUCAAGUAACUCUCCAUAAUGUUUUCUUUUAGCAUUUCCUUCCAAACCAUGCUUAUAGAUCUGCAUCCUUGGAAGGUGAGGUUUAGGUAGGUAUAAAAACCUUGCAGGGGGAGGUCAGUAAAAUGGACAAACUUUGAUGGAUAAUUUGUUGUUAAUCCUACCAUCUCAGAAUCUAAUUUCACUAGCUUUGUAGGUUUCAAAAGUGCCUUUGAGCUUAUUUUGAUUUGUUGCUAAUGUAUUUCACUAUUAUAAUUCUCAGAAGAGUUACUAACAAAACGAAAACGCCUAGUCAGUAAUGCUUUUUGAGACAAACAUUUUGGAAACUGAAUUUGUAAAAUUUUUGUUAUCUUAAUGUGAAGUAUAGUCGUCGUAUUUAUGCAAUUAUACUCAUCAAAACGUUCCAUUAGUUGUAUACAGUUAAAUUUAGUAUGAUUCAUAACAUACCCCAAAAAAAAAAUCAUAGAAUUUUCUAUAUUCCUCAACUAUUUUGACGAACAGACAAUACCAAAAAUCGUUAAGACAUAAAUCAUCUGUGACGUGCAAAGGUAUUUGUGUUAAAUAUACUAGAUUACAUCUUUGACGGGCAUUUUAACCAAAAGUGAAAGAGUAGAAACAGAAAAUACGAAAAUUGAAAACAUUUUACUUUGUUAUAAAAGUCAUACUCUCGCUGUGUAAAGAAAACUACAAGACAUAAACAAUAUACUGCAUUCUUAAAAGUAGGAAGUUUCCAUAAAAAAUAUAUACAGGGUGAGUCACAUUGUUUAUACUAUCUGUUAUGGCGAAUUUGGGAAAAUUUUGCACUUGUUGGAGAUCGAAAAAAAAAGCACCUGUGACCCAGUUCUUCUCGCUUCAUCAAUAUAUUGAAUUAUUUUGCCCCCUAAUUUGUGAAUACACAAUUGGGUUAAAAUAAUCACUUUCUUGGUAGGAUCACAAUAUUUAAGCUCAUUUUUUUUUUUUUUCGAAAGCAAAAACUGCAUACAUUUGAAGUGAAUCCUAUGUUGAAGUUUUUUGAAAAUGUAUCGAACCUCAAAGCUUUCUCAGCUACAAAAGAGUCUCCUGGAUUUUUGUCUAUUAUAGUGGCUUUCAGUAGCUUUUAAUUUACCUAUAAAAUCAAUCACUUUAUUCCGUUUUUCUGCAUUUUUAGCCGAACAAUAAUCUCCACCUCUAUUUUCUUUAAUAUCCUUUCCUAAUAUUAUAGUACAUGUAAUUGUAUACAGUCGUUUCAAAGAAAUCAUUUUUGGCACACUCUGUAGGUAGAUCCAUCUAUUGUGUACAUCCUGUAUUCUGCUCCUAAUUGAUGCUGAUCUCUACACUCUGAUUUAUACAAUUUGCAUCAUCUUAGAGGAGCCCUUGCUCUACAAAAAUCAGAAAUUUUGCGAUAUUGAAUGAGUUAGUCUGGUGUUUGAGGAACCCUAUUUCAUACAUUUUCUAAAUUGGGAAAAUGAUUCAGGUAUAUAAAUAACACGGUGACUAAUUUGUUAACCUUGCUUAAAAGCAUUAAUUAAUGAUAAUUAUCCAUUUGAAUGAUAUGCAGUAGUGAAUUAAAUUAAAAUGCAACUUCGAUAUGUAUCGCCAUUUAGAAGCGAAAAAUGUUAAUUUUGGAUAAUAUUCCUUUCGAAUUUUUGCUCCUCAUAUAUUUAAAAAAUAUAUGAAUGAACAACGUGCGGUUUAUCACCGUUCCACUAAAUUCUUCCUUUCAGUGUUUGCAUACUUAUUUAAAAUUUAGGAGUUGGAAUAUCUACAUAAGAUAUGCAAAAAAAUUGUUCAUGUCUUGUAAUUAUUUAAAUAUAGUUUAAGCAUUUGGAGAUCAGUAUUUGAGGGGUUUAUAUUGAAAAAAAGGUAAUGUGUGAAAUGACAAUAUAUAUAUCAUUUACAAGUUAAAGGUUUGGUUGUUAGAAUCUAUGUAGUUCAAUAUUUUAAUCAACAGUUUAUGAAUUAUCAAAGUGUAAACUUUUACCAAAUUUAUGUCUUAGGGAGAAAUUCACACAUACGAGGUGUGAUAAAAAAUACAGCGAGUGAUUUUAUUAAAAACAAAGUAAUAUAAAAUUUGAAUGAAUCUCAUUAACAGUGUUGCCCUUUGCUAGUAAAGCACUUAUUACAAACAUAGAUUCAUUAUUAGAAUUAUUUCUGGAAGGACUAUUUCAAAAUGACUUGUGCUAAAUUUAAUGAGUAAGCGAAUGUUAACAGAUAGAAAGACCUUUAGCAAUCAAAAUCAAUCAAAACCUUCUUAAGGUUGUCACGAUGAAGAUGUUAUUUUGUUACUCAUUGUGGCUUUCUUUUGUAUAUUGAAAUUUUAUUUAUUUUUUAGUUUUUACAAGCUUUUGUCUACAAAUUGUAACAAUUUUUUGACAAUGAAACAUUUCUCUCUCUUAUACGCGGUGCGAAUCAAAAUUUCUGUGAAUUAUUUCAUUGAAAAUUGAAUUAGUUUCCUGCCUUUGGCUAGCAAUAUCCUCAAUGUAGAGAACCAUGACUGAAAGGUUUUUAUCCACUUCUCACUGUUCUUUGUGUCAAGAAAAAAAGUUUAGGUCAUCUAAUACUGAUCAAUACGGAUUUGACUGGUUUGAAGGAGAUUAACUGCUACCAACAGUAUCUGUAUGGUAAUGGUAUGAAUAAAAUAAAACUAAUUCAUAACAUACCAAAUCUUUUUUUCUGGCACUUUCUAAUAUUUUCGGAUAGCAUACCUCGGCCAUUAGAGGAUUGACAGAAAUAAUUUUUUCAUUGUGAAGCAGGUGCUCGAGAUUACGUGACUUAAUAUUGCAACUAAAAAUUGCUGACUUAUCUACUAAUUGAAAUUGAUGUAACGUAAGUAAUUGAUAUUUUAAAAUUUCCUUGAUCGUAUUUUUUAUCAUACCUCGUAUCCACAAUUGAAAUUUCCAACAGAAAUAAUAAUUCCAUAAAUGAAAUCUAUUUAGUAGAUUUUAAAUGUAAAAGAAAAAUAUUUUUCUUUAAUUUUUAAGUUUGUUAGCAACUAUGACGCUAGAUUUAUGUAUAUAAAUGUUUUGUAUUUGCUGUAUAUUUUAAUUAUAUGUAGAGUUUGUUUACAUGCAUUUUACAGUGAUAAUAAUGGCUAGAAUAUCGUGAAAUUUAUUAUUGUUCUGGUGUAGAUUAAUAAAAUGGUGUAUUAUGGUAUAAUUUACAUCUUCGUUUAGAACUCUUAACUUAUAUUGCUGUUCAAAUUGUUUUUAUUGAGGUUAGAUAAUUUUAAUUGGUUUUUAUGUCCCAGAAGGUUUAGAAAAUAUAUUUAAUUUUAAUUUCGACUGAUCCAAUCUAGAUCGGUAGAAUAAUGUCGUGUCGUUUAACAUCACUAAAGUCUUUAUUUACAAAUAUUUCAACAAGUAAGUUGAUCGUUGUAACAUUUUUCAUAAAACCAGGGAGUUAUAGUAGAAUAAAUUUUGCCAAAUUACUGCUACAAUAUUUAAUGUAUUGCGAAUUCUUCGCCACCUUUAAUCCCUCUUCAGACAUUUACAACAAUAUAAUUUGCCUUUUUGGCAAAGGCAUUCAACAAAGUCUGGCACGAGGACUGCUAUACAAAAUCAGGAAAAACUUCCAGCACAAUCUUUUCAAUACCCUACCUGCAAAACAGACAUUUUCUAGUUAAAAUCCUAGAUUACAUCACUAAUUAUGUCAGGAGUCUCACAGGGUGUACACAGCUGAUAUUCCUACACACAACAACGUAACUACCGCAACAUAUGCAGAUGACAGUGAUGCGCUAGAAUCUCACCCGGACCCAGCUAUGGCAUCUCAUAUAUUUCAGACAAACUUUGACGCCAUUUUCUUGUGGUUGAAAACUUGGAGAAUAAAAGUAAAUGAAAAAAAAUCUGUUCAUGUCACUAAAAUCCAACGGAGAGGGACCUGUCCAACUUUCCAUGAUCCCCUAAUUAUUUUGAAGGGCUAAGAGUAUUUUUAGGAAUACUUAUUUUGAUAUAAUCAAUUGCCUUCCAAAAGAAGCUUCUGAGAAAACGCUCCCGAUAUAAGAAAUGAGUUGGUGGCCAAUGCCAUGAGGCGUGACCGUUUUUUGUCAACACGCAGGUUUAUACAAUUCGCGGAUAACAAUAACAGAUUUAAAAGACAAAAUGUACAAGCUUCGUCCUGUUACAGACUAUUUAAAAAACAAGUUUUUAACUCAUUUUGUGCCUGAACAAAAUCUUUGCUAUUAUAAAUCCAUGAUAAGAUACUACGGCUGGCACGAUUGUAAACAAUUCAUUAGGAGCAGAUCAAUUCGUUUUGGCUGCAAGGUGGCGCCUGAUGGUUACGUAAUAAAUUUCGAAAUUUACCAAGGACGAAAUCCUAAGGCUAAUUUAGAAUAUGAGUUUUCAUUUGGUAAAUGUUCAGCCCCAAUUUUGCAAAUGAUUGAGACUAGAUAGCUAGUUCACGAUUUGGUGUAGCCCCUAUCUAAACCGUUGAAAGGUUUUCCAGUACUGAGAAAAAUAAUGUUCUUGUCCCACGUUUAAAUCUAAUUAUACAGUGCAAUAAAAACAUGGACGAAACAGACCAAAUGGACAACAAUAUUUCGUGUUAAGGUUUCUCAUGGAUAUAUGUCCUCUGUUUUUAUAUCGGUCCUAUACUUUAUAUUAGAUCCAAAAAGUGGUACUGGCCAAUAUUUUCAUAUCUAAUAGAUGCAGCAGUACAGAUUGCAUGGUUAUUAGGAAGAACGCCGACAAAGAAAUUGAUCAGCUAGAGCAUCGAAGAAGUAUUGUUCAGGUGAAAAAAGACCUACUAUGAACUUUGUCUUUUUUACAAUUAUUUUUGCUUUUUUUAGGUUUAGCAGACUAAUUAUAAGAACCCUGCAAAAAAUACAGGUCCAAAACCAAAAGCACCGGGCUGUUAUAGCCGAAUAAGUAAUGACAUACGGUUUGAUAAAUUGAAUUACUUUAUGGUUUCAGUUCCUGAUGGAAAGCGCCGAAGAUGUGCGGGCGAAAAUUGCAACAGCAAGGGAAGAAAGAUGUGCUCUAAAUGCGAAGUGGGCUUAUGAAUACAAUGUUUUAAAGAUUUUCAUUAUAAAUUAAA